AUGGAAAUUCAGAGUACCGCGUCGCGUGAUGGUGAAGAAUCAAGUGUGGAUUUUCUCUGCUGCACUAUUAUAGAGAAGACUCCUGUUGCAUUAUGCAAAGAAAUCAAACCGAAUCCUUUCCGGCGUUUGACUGCUGUCUUACGAAUGGAAAGGAAAUCAUCGGCUAGUCGUGGGGAAAGAGAUGAUCCCAGGAAUUGGUCAAAGAGGAAAAAAAACUCUGUGAUUUUUAUAAUCGCUAUAGCGGCGAUGCUUACUCCUCUCUCAACCACAAUACUUAUCCCAGCACUUCUCGAAGUUUGUAAUGAUUUGCAUGCAACAGAAAUUCAUGCCAACGGAUUAAUUGCAGUGUUUAUCUUGUUUUCAGGGAUUGCGCCGCUUGGUUGGGCCUCAUACUCUGAUGCUAAAGCUCAAAGACGUAAAGCCUACCUAGCUUCCCUCGUGUUAUUUCAAAUUGUAACUAUAAUAUGUGGAUUCACAAAUAAUAUUUAUAUAUUAAUUGUGAUGCGCGCGCUUCAAGCAUGCGGUUCUUCCGCUGCACAAAGUGUUGGUGCUGGAUGUAUAUCUGAUAUAUUUGAUCGUGAUAAACGUGGUCGUGCCUAUGGGAUUUUCUAUGUCGGACCUUUGAUGGGUCCUCUAAUUGGACCGAUUAUCGGGGGUUACCUGACCCAAUACCUAGGUUGGCGUUGGAUAUUUUGGUUCUUGGCAGUGUUCGGCGGAUUUAUCUUCUUAAUAGUUUCUCUUGCUCUCCCGGAGACAUCUCGUGGGAAACCUUCCCAGAGUCAUUUCAAUCCACUUGCUCCACUUGCCCUGCUCAGUCACUCGAGCGUCUCGUUAUCUUUACUCUAUAUAGCCUCACUAUACUCAAUUAUCUAUGUUCAAAACACCUUGAUGUCGAGAAAUUUCGUGGGCCUAUACCAUAUCAAAUCAUCCGAGGUUGGACUUGCGUUCCUGAGUCCAAGUAUAGGAUUCGUUAUUGGAAGUGUAGCAGGAGGAAAAUAUUCGGAUAUCAUGUUUAAGAGAGCCAAGGAGCGUAACAGCGGAGUCGGUUAUCCUGAGAUGCAGUUGAAUAUUGGUACUUUGGUUGCGAUGGCGGUAUUUCAGAUAUCUUAUGUGAACUAUGGGUGGAUGAUUGCGCGCGGAAUCAGGAUCGUGUUUCCUCUGAUCACUAUGUUUCUUGGAGGAUUAGGCUAUGCGAUAGUGUUCAACUCAAUCUCCACCUGCUUGAUUAACGCUUUUCAAGAUCGUAGUGCCUCAAUUAUUGCUGUGAAUAAUUUCGUGCGAGCAUUGGCUGCAGGAGGCAUGUCGUUAGCUGCUGCACCUUUGCAAGAUGUUUUAGUCGCUGGUUGGUUGUACACCAUAAUGGUAGGGUUCAAUAUAUUGGGGAGCGGAUGCUUGGUGUUAUCAUGUGUUAUAGAGAGAAAACGGCGAAAAAAUAGAAACCUUGAAAUUUAG